AUGACCGGCCACCACGGCUGGGGCUACGGCCAGGAGGACGGUCCCUCUGAAUGGCACAAGUUAUUCCCCAUUGCUCAAGGGGACCGCCAGUCUCCUAUCGACAUUGUCUCCAGUCGGGCCGUCUAUGACCCUACUCUGAAGCCCCUGGUCCUGGCCUAUGAGUCCUGCAUGUCGCUAAGCAUCUCCAAUAAUGGACAUUCCGUCAUGGUGGAGUUUGAUGAUGUGGAUGACAGGACAGUGGUGCAUGGGGGUCCCCUGGAUGGGCCCUACCGGCUGAAGCAGUUCCAUUUUCACUGGGGGAAAAAACACAGCUUAGGUUCAGAACACACAGUGGAUGGGAAGUCCUUCUCCAGUGAGCUCCAUUUGGUCCAUUGGAAUGGAAAAAAAUACAAGACCUUUGCAGAAGCAGCUGCAGCCCCGGAUGGCCUGGCUGUGGUUGGCAUCUUCCUGGAGACUGGAGAUGAGCAUGCCAGCAUGAACAGACUGACAGAUGCACUGUACAUGGUCAGAUUCAAAGGAACCAAAGCCCAGUUCAAUAGCUUCAAUCCCAAAUGCCUCCUACCCAUGAAUCUCCACUAUUGGACCUACCCGGGGUCUCUAACAACACCACCCCUGAGUGAGAGUGUGACGUGGAUAGUGCUCAAGGAGCCCAUCACAAUUUCAGAGAAACAGAUGGAAAAAUUCCGGAGCCUGCUUUUCACUGCAGAGGAUGAUGAGAAGGUCCGAAUGGUGAACAAUUUCCGGCCCCCUCAGCCACUGAAGGGAAGAAUAGUUCAGGCCUCUUUCCAGUCCUGAGUGGGGUCAUGCUGUCAACGGUAACAGCAAUGAUGUCCAAAGUGCUUCCAUAUCAGCUAAGACCAAACCAGGUGUGGGACCCCUUGGUCAUGGACUGACUCCUCAGAGCCAUUUGGGGGAUGGGGGCAGAGUAGAAGAGGAAUGGCCAUUUUGGCUGCAUUAUUAGUUCCCUCCAGUCCAUCUCUACUUUGGGAGUCUUUCUUACCAAAGCAACCACCUGACUUAAAUGCUAAGAAGCCCCCUACCCCCACCACUCUGCUAUUCCAUGGUCUUUUGACAGCUUUGAAACUGGCCAGGCUUUUAAAAAAUCCAAGGCUGGGGGAGAUUUUAAAAUCUACCUGGGUUAGAGCGACCAGGAAGAGCAAGAAAUAGGAGUAUGAGAGGGUGGCUUCCUAGUGCCUGGUUAACGGAGAAGGGAGGUAGAUAUUAGUAACUGUCAGAAAUGACUCUUGGGGUUUGACCUGCUUGCCUCUUCCUAGGGGUGUACUUUCCCCUCUGUAUCAUCUACAGUGCAAACUCCUUUCCCUGGAAAAAAAUCACUUUGCUCUGGCCCCUUCUUGAACCCUCUACUGUGACAAGGCCCUGUGCUUCAAAGCCAUGGGCAGCUGUUGGCAAGACAUAAGCAAUAAUUAUAGCAGGUGGGAGAUCCCUUACCAGUGUUACUUACCUCGAAUACUGAAACUAAGCACUGGAAAUGGAACUGCAGAAGGCUAUGGGGUUUUUUUUGUUUGUUUUUUUGCCAUUUCACUGCCAGCCAUUAAAAACAUUGAUGUGAUUCUGCUUGUGUUUUUGUGUGUUGAUCUGUCUGUCCAGUCCACCCCCUAACAAUAGAGAUAGGCACAAGGUAUGAGAGGUGGGGGGGGAUGUGUUUAUUUAUGUAUUUAUUUAUUUACUAAUUGAUUCAUUCACUU